GUCGCCACAAAGCGAUUCCCUGUGCUCCGUGUGUUCCGCGCGAUUAUCAAGCUACCGAGUGCCGCUCGGUUCGUCCUCGCGUCCCGCCGACGCGUUAUCGCGACACGUGCUUCCGGCCGAUUCGUGGAAAACCACGGACCGUUCGUUUAGCAACAGUUUUCCGUAUCGAGGAAAGAGAACGGACCUUAUCUGCGCGCGCUAAUUGCGGAUUUAUUGCUCCGGUAUAUAAGCGAGGAUCAGGGUUGUUUAAAAGUGAGGGAGAGUGUGGUGUGUUCUGGUGUUGUUGGUUUUAGGGGACGAAGUUCAUCGAGAUUGUGCUUUUUUUAUUGUUUCGUCAAAGUUGGAGAUCAAGGUGGUGGGAAAGUUUGUUUGGAAAACUGUGAGGGGUGUCUCUUAAGAACCGCGCGCAGCGUACGGCCAGCUCUCGCAAGCCUAGCGCGUCACUGAUCGGCCUCUCGAUCCAAUCGGUCGCGCGGCUCUUCUCGCUGAGCGGACUUUCACUCAGCGUUCGUUGAUCAGCGGCGGCCGAACGAGCGGGCAAAGCGGAAGGCAGAAGAGACGCAAGGUGAAACAUCGUCCCCUGUGUCCCUCUUCGUCUCUGGUCCCGAGUUGACUGACCUCGAUAACGAAAGACAGGAGAUAGGCCACGAUCCGCGCGAAGUGAAGGAAGGAGCGAGUCGACGACGACGACGACAACCACGACGACGACGAGCGCGACGAGGAGUGGCCGAGAAGAAGAAGAGCAAAUUGGUGCUCCCAGUAGCAGGGGCCCAUAAACACCAUGGAGGAGAAGUUGCGUAGCGUGACGAAACGUGCCAGCAGACACGGUCCGCGUGGAACGGGGCCAGUUGCCUCCGAUUGGUCGACCAGCUCUGGGUCCGCUGGUGGAGCCAGGGGCCCGGCCCCAGCUACUCCUUCCACCUCUCAGGCUGGCGGUUCUACGUUCAACCGGCCCCAGGAGACGACGGGUCCGACUAGGCGGCAGUCCUCGCGCGACAGCAUCGACUCGACCGGCCAACAGGCCCCACCCGAACACGGCGAGCUCCUUUUCAAGGUGAUGCUACUUGGUGACAGUGGUGUCGGGAAAACCUGCCUCCUAACACGAUUUAGAGAUGGCAGAUUCCUGUCUGGCAACUAUAUAACCACCGUGGGCAUUGAUUUUAGGAAUAAAGUAGUUGUCGUCGACGAUACGUCUAUCAAGCUUCAAAUAUGGGACACGGCCGGACAAGAAAGAUUUCGAAGCGUGACGCAUGCUUAUUACAGAGACGCUCAUGCUCUUUUAUUGCUGUACGACGUGACGAACAAGACGAGUUACGACAACAUCAGAGCCUGGCUGAGCGAAAUCCGGGAACACGCGAACGAGGACGUGGUCAUCAUGCUGUUGGGCAACAAGUCUGACUGUGGAACGGAACGAGUAGUGAAGAGGGAAGACGGAGAACGAUUGGCGCAAGAGUACAAAGUUCCCUUUAUGGAAACCUCAGCUAAAACUGGCCUGAACGUCGAAUUGGCCUUCUUGGCUGUUGCUAGAGACUUGAAGGCGAGGAAAAGCAACGACCCGGACGACACGAAAUUCAACGUACAAGACUACGUCCGCCAGCAGUCACAACGGAAUUCCUGCUUCAAUUCCAAUUGCCUGACUACCUGAAUUGCGCAGUAAUCCUGCGCACACACUUCCCUGCGAUAGAUUCAGACGAAUGGUGGAACAUGGACCGGAACUGGUUGGCCAUAAGAAUGGCGCGAAACUAUCGUGGGCGUUCAACGAUUCGUCCUUUAUGAUUCAUAACAGAUAAUCAUUGAAACGUUACCUCGUUGCAGAUGUCAUUCAUAAGACGAGACGAAUUUUCGUAACAUUGCACAAUUCGUUCACGAGAGCUUGUUGUUCGAACGAAUUGACUCUCAAACGAGAUCGAACAAAAUUGAAAGAAAUCGAAAGAAAACGCACUAAUGAGAUCGAAAAUAUAAUUUUUUAUUUUUACUGAAAAGAGAUUUCAAAAAAUGUCGAAACAACGUUUCUGUUCCACCAGAAGAGUACCUUUAUCGAGGCAUAAACGAAAAAAAUGUAGAUGGAUAGAAAGCUGAUAUUUUUCAAAGAGACCGAAUAGGAAACUCUUGUUAAUGAUACGUGUAUAGAAAUUUAUUUAUCGAUGGUUAAUCCUAUACUGUACAUUAAUGUGAAUAGCUGAUUCGGGACAAAGGUCCGCGAGAUACAUAGAUUUAGGGAAUCUCUUGAUGGUUCUAAUUUGUGCACUGUAUAUGAUCGUUACGCUAUUAAUAAAAGGAGGGGGAAGAAAAAGAAAAAAAUAUUUAAAAUGAAAUUGUAUUCAAAACGUGGUAUCGAUAAAUUAACGAGAUGUUCACGUGGAAGCUCACCAUGUACCAAGUAGAUUUGCGGUUUUAGAGUGGCCGCCGUGUAGAAGAGCUUUUCGAAAAUAUACCAUAGCUGCCAUAUAUACAACACGUUUUAGAAAAGAACGCUCAAUAAUAUUUUGUUCAAAAGCGUAUUCUCAUAGUUUUCAGGUACGAGUGAUUGAAGCUUUUCGAUCGAUGCUACAUGUGUAUGUAGAAACAUAUUCAUAAGUCUUUUAAUCUUUAUAAUCAUUUAGAUUGAUGAAACUCUUUAGAAAGUUUUGCAUAAUUGUAUUUUGUUUUCAAACUUUAUCCUGUAUCGAUUCGUUUUGCAAUUAAAUAAAGCUCGUGUGUGUAUAAUCGUGUAGUUUGUGAUAACGGUUGCAUUAGUUACGUGACCAUAUCUGAUUUCUAACCUUUUGUAUGUAAUAAUCCUAUAUGCGAUAGGAUAUUUUCGAUCAGCCCAAUUUGUAUUGUGAAUUUUUGGAUUUUAUAUACUGUAUUACUUUUAUAACCGCAUGAUGAUAAUUUGCUACUGAUACUUCGAAAUUGAAAAAAAAAAAAAAUGUUAAAAUAUUUGAUUUCGUUAAUUCGCGGUUACCGAGUGAUUCGUUGUGAAUGAUAAAGGUAAAUGAAACGAGAUGUAACCGUGUACGUUACCUGUAGUAUAUGUACAAUGUAUCUUAUCAGCGUGUACAAACGACAAACAGUUACAUGUCAAAUGUAUAUUAACAAAUAAUAUAUAUAAAAUAAACGACCACUCGACCAACUAUAUAA